CGCGAGACGCACUCCUAAAAUAAAGAAAAUCUUAAAAUAUCUAGUUAAAAAGCUCACAAAUGAAUUCAGUUUCGCUCGCAAACCAACUAAAAGAUCUCAACAUGAGCAAUCUCACCAUCGAACAAAAGUUUCAAGCCGUGAUCGAGGAAGAAAACGUGGAAAAAUUAAAAGCUCUCAUUGACAGCCUUGACGACAUUGAAUUCGUGGUUGAAAUCAUCGAGGAUCCUGACUCGAUACUGGCAACUGCUCUGUCAGUGGGCAACUUGGAAAUUCUGAAACUUUUGCUGGAAAACGAAAUUGUCGAAGUAAAAACUGGGGAAAGCGGCUUUUUUUCUUUCGAAUUGAUCGGUGAUCAAAACUACGAUGCUGAAAAAAAGAUAAAAAUCGUCGAAUAUUUGCUGCCGUACGUCUACACGAAGAAUCCGUAUCCAUGGUUGCCCGGAUAUUACUCGCCCAUCGACUUUUUCGAUCAUCUUUACGCGUUCUGCUUGAACAAAGAAUUUGCACUUGCCGAAUUUUUCAUUGAAAAAUUUUACGCGGAAAAGUACAACAAAUUUUAUCCGCUCAUCAAGAGACUUUUGGGAACUUUUAAAGGGUCUCACAUGAUUUGCAUUUUUUUGCACCAAGAAAUCGAAAGUUUUGAGGAUCUUGUACCGGAAUACAAAUUGUUUCUUUUUUUCGUUGAAAUUGCAAAAGCUUUUGCAAAUCUCCUAAUCAUGGACGACGGAAUGAAUUUGGCGAUUGAAGUUUUCAAAAUUCUCCUUGAAAAGAAUUUUCUGAAAGUUUUCGAGUCAUUUGAAGAAAGUCACGCUUUUAUGCGUCGCAAGAAAUAUCAGGAUACCAAAAACGAGGAAAAACUCACUCCGCUCCUGCUUAAACGCAUCUUUCAAUUCGUCUACCACAUUUUGGACGCCGAGACCGAAGAAAAGAUUUUUUAUAUGAUUUCCGGUUGGAUUUUCAUUUGUGCAUCAAGGUACGGAAUAUUUUCCAAAUCCUGUUUUUCCUUAAUUCCGUUCGUGCUCAAGUCCAAAUAUGCGGAAGAAAUUUUCGAAAUAUGCAAAGUUAACAAAGAUUUCGUUGAAGGACAAGAAAUGAUGCGCAAAAUGUUCAAAUAUCCAUGUGACCAAAAUACAGUCGUUGCUUUGAAAGAAAUUUGUGGGUUUUUGAUCAAAUCGACAAUCGCAAAAAGUGUUGAGUUCGAACCAAAAGAACUUAUUCAGCGUAUAUGGAAGUUACGUUUGCCAGAUGUGCUCAAGUGCUACUUGUUGGCUAUUCCAGAUGCCAGUUGGGUGAAUGAAUUACAAGUCAACUGAUUUUUUUUUUUUUUUUUUUUUUGGCAAAAAGAUCUUAAUCUUAAAAUUGAAUUUUUGAAAUGCAUUGAAUUGAAAUAAAUUGACUAA